AUGGCUGUUUCGCAACCCUCAACGAAAAAUGGCUCCAAUGGGACCACCGAGGCCGGCAAUAUCGCAGCCAACAGUUCAAGCCAACCUGAAGAACUGGUGGGCACAGCAUUCCUCAGGAGGAAGCUGAAAAUCGUCAUGCUGGGCGCUGGCAUCUCGGGCAUCCAAUUCGCUCAUGACGUGGACACGCGCAUGGAAAAUGUAGAGCUGGAAGUCUACGAAAAAAACCCCGAUGUCGGCGGCACCUGGUACGAGAACCGAUAUCCAGGCUGCGCUUGCGAUGUUCCCGCUCAUACCUACCAUUUUUCGUGGGCGCCUAACAAGCGAUGGUCCAAGUUCUUUGCUCCUGCGCCAGAAAUACGACAGUAUCUCAGCGACGUCGUCGAUAAGCAUGGGCUGAGAAAGUACAUGCAUUUCAAUCAUCGCGCCGUCUCUGCGCAGUGGCAGGACGACUCGUCCACCUGGCGCCUCGAACUAGAGACCACCGACGGCUCGGGGAAUCACAUCACGGUCAUACGGGAGUGUGAUGUCCUGGUUAAGGGCCUUGGCUCCCUGAACAACUGGAAGUUCCCUGAUAUCGAGGGAUUGUCGAAGUUCAGUGGCAAGCUGAUGCAUACUGCAAACUGGGAUGAAACAGUUGACUUGACUGACAAGCGAAUCGCUGUGAUCGGAAAUGGGGCGAGCGCAGUCCAGUGCGUUGCAGCACUCCAGCCUGUCGCGAAGAAGCUUGUUAAUUACGCGCGCACGGCGUCCUGGAUGAUACCACAUCUCUUCUCUGACGGCGCCGUACAGAAGGAUUACUUACCGGAGGAUUGGGACCGAUUCGAAAAGGACCCAGGUUACUACCACGAAUAUCGUCGACGGCUGGAGAAGACUCUCGCCGGCGGGUUCGAGGCACUUUGGUCGGGAAGCCCCGCUCAAGCAAAGCUAGAGCGAGCCACAGUCGAACACAUGAAGGAAAUGAUACACAAUCCCAGGUUGCUGGAGGCGCUGUUGCCAAAGUUCGAGGUUGGCUGUCGACGCUUCACGCCUGGAGACCACUACCUGAACGCUAUACAACAGCCUAAUGCAUCCGUGAUCUCGGAUCGCAUCGACCGGGUGAUAGCAGAGGGAAUUGUCGACAAAACGGGCACCGUCACCGAAGUAGACGUCAUUGUCUGCGCUACUGGCUUCGAUGUGUCCUUUGAACCACGGUUUCCGACCAUGGGACGAGGUGGAUAUUCCUUGUCUGAGAACUGGGGCAAGGACAAACCCACAGAGUCGUAUAUGGGCGCUCUUGUUGCCCAUUUCCCCAACUUGUUCGUAUUCAACCCACCCAUUGCUCCAGUGAUCGGAUCUGCCUUUCCUGGUAUUGAGGCUACGAGCAAUUACAUCCUUCGACUGCUCGACCGACUUCAGGCCGACAGCCUCAAAGCUGUCGUCGUGAAAGAAUCGGCCCAGAAAAAUUUCAAUGAAUGGGCCCAGAAGCAACUCCAGAAAAUGGCGUUUAGUGGCAAUUGCAAAUCUUGGUACAAGAACUCGAAGGGCAGAGUAUUCGUUCCCUGGCCUGGCACCGUCGCUCAUUACGUUCAGACCACAGCAACGAUCCGAUGGGAGGACUUCGACUUUGUCUGGGCCGAUGCCGAGAACAAGUACGCUUCAUUGGGCAAUGGAGUUCUGGAAGGCGGGGUGGCCGUCGAGUCCCCACCUCUGUUGCAUUAG